CAACCACGUGAUCAGCGGAAAGACAAGAAGGGCUGCGAGUCAAAUCAAACACGAUUGUUUAUAACAUGCCAAAAUGCUGGACUUUGAGCCGGAGCGACACAAUAACACGUAGAACAGCCUAACUAAUAAAAUACAAAGAGUUUGUUUAAGCUGAAAAGUGAAAAUGUGUUAAGACUCUCAAUAAGUCAGACCUCUGUCAAGUAGGUGACCAUCAAGAAGACUGAAAAGAUGAACGCAUUAGUUGCCCUUUGCCACUUCUGCGAACUUCACGGGCCUCGGACUCUGUUUUGCACCGAAGCUGUUCAUCCGCCAUCGCCUUCACCUCCUCAGCAUGGAUCAGCGAUGAUGCCUGAUCGAGAACCUGAAGGAGACCGUGAUGGAGAAGGACUCACCAUGAAGGCCAAUGGCUCAGACACACACAGAGCUGACAUGUGCGAGGGCUGUCGCUCCCUACCUGCUUCUCACCCCGGUUUUGUGAGUGUGGACAGUGAGACCGGGAUUCGCUUCCUUAGUCAUCAGCAUCCACGACAGCCACAGCUGUUCAGCAUGGUGCGUCAGGCUUGUGUGCGCAGUCUGAGCUGUGAGGUGUGUCCAGGUAGAGAAGGACCCAUCUUCUUUGGGGAUGAGCAGCAUGGCUUUGUGUUCUCACACACGUUCUUCAUCAAAGACAGCCUGGCUCGUGGCUUUCAGCGUUGGUACAGCAUCAUUAUAGUGGCCAUGGACAGAAUCUACCUCAUCAACUCCUGGCCUUUCCUGUUGCGCCACCUCAAAAUCACCAUCCAGAGUCUGCAGAGCACAGCACUCCAGGUGUUUGAAAGUGAGCAGGUGGUAUGCCCGCAGAGAGCAGAACGGAUUUUUUCACCAGCAGGCUUUCCUCAUCAACGCAACGGCAAUGCAGCUCGCUCUCUAACUUCUCUUACCCAGCAUCCCAACCUGUGGGCCAGCCUGCAUACUUCUUUCAGUUGGCUGCUAAACGCGUGUGGGAGCCGACUGACUGAAAAACUACUUGAGGGAGCACCUACUGAAGAUACACUCGUCCUCAUUGAAAGACAAACAGAAGAAGAAGAGGAAAUGAAUGCUGAAGGAGUCGGAAGUACAGCUCAGGACAGCCACUCAGACACCACACACGACACAGAUUUUCUGUGUGGUGAUGAUGGAAAAGGCACAGAGUCUCUUGGACCACAUUUCAAAUCUCUGAGACAUUUACGUCAGGUCCUCGGUGCGACAGAGUUCAGACAGCUUGCAUGGCAUGUGCUAAUGGGAAACCAAGUCAUAUGGAGAGGGCAGGACUGUGGUCUCAUCCAGUCAGCUUUUAGCAUGCUCAAGGCAUUGCUCCCAGUAGGCUGUGUUCGUGUGGUACCCUACAGUACAAAGUAUGAAGAAGCAUAUCGAUGCAAUUUCCUCGGUCUGAGCCCUGAUGUGCAAAUCCCAGCUCAUGUCACUUCCUCAGAGUACAUGGUGUUGGUAGAGGUGCUGAACGUGGAAAGGGGCAAUGCGUAUCCUGCGUACAAUAGUGACAUCCUUUCAAUGUACCAGUUCAAUAUCAGCAGUGCAAAUACACAACCAACAGACAAAGGACCGUUGCUAUUGAAUAAGAUCGAGCUGGCAUUAGCUAAUGAGAAUUUGUCUGUGGAGGUGGUGUCUCACUGCUUGCUCUGUCUAAAGGAGGAGUGGAUGAAUAAAGUGAAAGUGCUGUUUAAGUUCUCAAAGGUGGAUGGAAGAGGUAAGGAGGACACACUGAAGGUUUUAGCCCUGCUAGGGGCUACUGGUCAUGGAGAAGAGGACAACACGCGUCUCCUUAAGUUCUGGAUGACAGGACUGAGCAAGACAUACAAGAGCCAUCUAAUGACCGCCGUCCGAGGAGGAGAGAGAUCCAUGAAUCAGUAAGCAUGUGAGAGAGAACAUGAACAUCACUCCAAAACGGUAUCCGUUGUGUACAUGUGGGUCAGAGGGUUUUUGCGUUACAUAUGGCGUUUUAUAGGUAAAUUAAAAGUCUCAGAGUAGCCACCUACAAAUCUGUUCUACUUCCUGGACUUUUGCUUCAGCUGUCACAUUCCUCUCACAUGCAAGUUUAUAUAAUUUCUUUUCCUGCUCAAUAUCUGAUUCAUUUUCAAAUCCUCAAAUAAUUAUUGCAGAAGUCUUUUUUUUUUUUUGGUACCAUUCUUUGCUGUUGGCCCAAAUGCUAAAUACACAAUGUACCAAAAUGCUUUAGACAGAUGUUAUAACUUGCACAUGAUGAAUAAUCUUGCCGCACAUUUUCCAGCGUUUUAACCUGAGCUCUCGUGCUGUUUACAAACGUUGGGUUAGGACUACUGUAAUUAUAGUUUUCAUCAUCACACAGCUUGGAUUAUGUAUUAUGUUAAUAAGGUUAAAAAAGUGAUCCAUUUUGCUAAACUGAGCAGUCACUUCUGCAUUUAUUCUGUGUUGUUUAAAGCACAUAAGUCGUAUUUAUUUGAGAUAUUUAUGCAUCUAGUAUGUUUCAGGUAAUAUUUUAUAAGAACAACUACACAUUAAAUUAUGCUCAUUUAGUAUGCAUGAAAAUAUUUGUUAUAAAAUGUGUGUGCUGUUUGUCAUGUAGCAGGAUUUUAAAAAUCACUCCUGUUUGAUGAAGAAUCUGCACUCAUUUCAAUCGGAGUAGGACAGUGUCUGCGUUUUACUGUUUUAGUCAGAGAUGAGUCGUUUGUUUUUCACCUUUUUCUGAUGUCUUUGUUGACUACGAAUAUGUCAUAAUCUGUAACUUGCUGUGAAUAUUUGGCUUUUUACUGUAAAUAUAAAUGCUAAAUAAAUCAUUUGAAUUUGAAACCA